UCAGAUGAACAGGAGUGGAUACUGGAGCCUCUGUGUUUCCCUGAGCAGCCUGCUACGGACAUCGGCACCAACUCAUCCUCUCAUCAUGACAUGGAGGUGGUGACCUGUGUGCUCUGCUCUCACUCCGCCACUUUGUUAGAGAAGGACCGUCUCCUAAAGCACCUAGUACUGGAGCACAAGCUGGUCAUCGCUGAUGUCAAACUCAUUGCUGACUUUCCUAAGUAUGUAGCAGAGAUAUAUAUAUAGAUAUAUAUAUAGAUGUGUGUGUGUGUAUACAAAACAUUAUUUUCAUGACAUAGACUGACCAGGUGAAUCCAGGUGAAAGCUAUGAUCCCUUAUUGAUGUCACUUGUUAAAUCCACUUCAAUCAGUGUAGCUGAAGGGGAGGAGACUGCUUAAAGAAGGAUUUUUAAGCCUUGAGACAUGGAUUGUGUACGUGUGCCAUUCAGAGGGUGAAUGGGCAAGACACAAAAUGUGCCUUUUGAAUUGGGUAUGGUAGUAGGUUCCAGGCGCACCGGUUUGUGUCAAGAACUGCAACGCUGCUUGGUUUUUCACGCUCAACAGUUUCCUGUGUGUAUCAAGAAUGGUCCACCACCCAUAGGACAUCCAGCCAACUUUGCACAACUGUGGGAAACAUGGGAGUCAACAUGGGCCAGCAGCCCUGUGGAACGCUUUCAACACCUUGUAGAGGGCAAAGGGGGAGCAACUCAAUAUUAGGAAAGUGUUCUUAAUGUUUGGUAUACUCAGUAUGUAUGUAUGUAUGUGUGUGUAAUAUAUAUCACACCUACUCAUUCAAGGGUUUUUAUAUGUACUAUUUUCUACAUUGUAGAAUAAUAGAAGACGUCAAAACUAUUAAAUAACACAUAUGGAAUCAUGUAGUAACCAAAAAAGUGUUAAACAAAUCAAAAUAGAUUUUAGAUUCUUCAAAGUAGCCACCCUUUGCCUUGAUGACAGCUUUGCACACUCUUGGCAUUCUCUCCGUCAGCUUCAUGAGGUAGUCACCUGGACUGCUUUUCCAACAGUCUUGAAGGAGUUCCCACAUAUGCUGAGCACUUGUUGGCUGCUUUUCCUUCACUCUGCGGUCCAACUCAUCCCAAACCAUCUCAAUUGGGUUGAGGUCGGGUCAUCUGAUGCAGCACUCCAUCACUCUCCUUCUUGGUCAAAUAGCCCUUACACAGCCUGAAAAACAAAUGAUAGUCCCACUAAGCACAAACCAGAUGGGAUGGCAUAUUGCUGCAGAAUGCUGUGGUAGCCAUGCUGGUUAAAUGGGCCUUGAAUUCUAAAUAAAUCACUGACAGUGUCACCAGCAAAGCACCAUCACACCUCCUCUUCCAUGCUUCACGGUGGGAACCACAAAUACGGAGAGCAUCCGUUCACCUACAGUCGUGGUCAAAAGUUUUGAGAAUUACACAAAUACUAAUUUUCAAAGUCUGCUGCCUCAGUUUUGAUGAUGGCAAUUUGCAUAUACUCCAGAAUGUCAUGAAGAGUGAUCAGAUGAAUUGCAAUUAAUUGCAAAGUCCCUCUUUGCCAUGAAAAUGAACUUAAUCCCCAAAAACAUUUCCACUGCAUUUCAGCCUUGCCACAAAAGGACCAGCUGCCAUCAUGUCAGUGACUCUCUCGUUAACACAGGUGAGAGUGUUGACGAGGACAAGGCUGGAGAUCACUCUGUCAUGCUGAUUGAGUUAGAAUAACAGACUGGAAGCUUUAAAAGGAGGGUGGUGCUUGAAAUCAUUGUUCUUCCUCUGUUAACCAUGGUUACCUGCAAGGAAACACGUGCUGUCAUCAUUGCUUUACACAAAAAGGGCUUCACAGGCAAGGAUAUUGCUGCUAGUAAGAUUGUACCUAAAUCAACCAUUUAUCGGAUAAUCAAGAACUUCAAGGAGAGAGGUUCACUUAUUGUGAAGAAGGCAUCAGGGCACCCAAGAAAGUCCAGCAAGCGCCAGGACCGUCUCCUAAAGUUGAUUCAGCUGCGGGAUCGGGGCACCACCAGUGCAGAGCUUGCUCAGGAAUGGCAGCAGGCAGGUGUGAGUGCAUCUUUUUAUUUAUUUUAUUUAACCAGGUAGGCCAGUUGAGAACAAGUUCUCAUUUACAACUGCGACCUGGCCAAGAUGAUAAAGCAAAGCAGUGCGAUUUAAAAACAACACAGAGUUACACAUGGGAUAAACAAAACAUACAGUCAAUAACACAAAUGAAAAUCUAUAUACAGUGUGUGCAAAUGUAGUUAUGGAGGUAAUGCAAUAAAUAGGCCAUAGUAAAACAUUAUUACAAUUUAGUAUUAACACUGGAGUAAAAGAUGUGCAGAAGAUGAUGUGCAAAUAGAGAUACUGGGGUGCAAAUUAGAAAAAUAAAUAGCAUAAUUUGGGUGGGUUAUUACAGAUGGGCUGUGUACAGGUGCAGUGAUCGGUAAGCUGCUCUGACAACUGAUGCUUAAAGUUAGUGAGGGAGAUAAGUCUCCAGCUUCAGAGAUUUUUGCAGUUCGUUCCAGUCAUUAGCAGCAGAGAACUGGAAGGAAUGGCGGCCAAAAGAAAUGUUGGCUUUGGGGAUGACCAGUGAGAUAUACCUGCUGGAGCGCAUACUAUGGGUGGGUGUUGCUAUGGUGACCAAUGAGCUAAGAUAAGGCGGGGAUUUGCCUAGCAGAGAUGUAUAGAUGACCUGGAGCCAGUGGGAUUGGCAACAAAUAUGUAGUGAGGGCCAGCCAACGAGAGCAUACAGGUCACAAUGGUGGGGAGUAUAUGGGGCUUUGGUGACAAAACGGAUGGCACUGUGAUAGACUACAUCCAAUUUGCUGAGUAGAGUGUUGGAGGCUAUUUUGUAAAUGACAUCGCCGAAGUCAAGGAAUGGUAGGAUAGUCAGUUUUACGAGUGCAUGUUUGGUAGCAUGAGUGAAGGAGGCUUUGUUGCAAAAUAGGAAGCCAAUUCUAGAUUGGAGAUGCUUAAUGUGAGUCUGGAAGGAGAGUUUACGUUCUAACCAGACACCUAGGUAUUUGUAGUUAUCCACAUAUUCUAAGUCAGACCCGCCGAGAGUAGUGAUUCUAGUCGGGCGGGCAAGUGCAAGCAGCGUUCGAUUGAAGAGCAUGCAUUUAGUUUUACUAGCGUUUUAAGAGCAAUUGGAGGCUAUGGAAGGAGUGUUGUAUGGCAUUGAAGCUCGUUUGGAGGUUUGUUAACACAGUGUCCAAUGAAGGGCCAGAUGUAUACAAAAUGGUGUCGUCUGCGUAGAGGUGGAUCUGAGAGUCACCAGCAGCAAGAGCGACAUCAUUGAUAUACACAGAAAAUAGUCGGCCCGAGAAUUGAACCCUGUGGCACCCCCAUAGAGACUGCCAGAGGUCCAGACAACAGGCCCUCCGAUUUGACACAUUGAACUCUAUCUGAGAGGUAGUUGGUGAACCAGGCAAGGCACUCAGUUGAGAAACCAAGGCUAUUUAGUCUGCCAAUAAGAAUGCGGUGAUUGACAGAGUCAAAAGCCUUGGCCAGGUCGAUGAAGACGGCUGCACAAUACUGUCUUUUACCGAUUGCGGUUAUAAUAUUGUUUAGGACCUUGAGCGUGGCCGAGGUGCACCCAUGACCAGCUCGGAAACCAGAUUACAUAGCGGAGAAGGUACCGUCGGAUUCGAAAUGGUCAGUGAUCUGUUUGUUAACUUGGCUUUCAAAUACUUUCGAAAGGCAGGGCAGGAUGGAUAUAGGUAUGUAACAGUUUGGAUCUAGUAAGUUGCAGCGGAGGGUGCAGAGCAGGUGGCCAGGGUAGGGGUAGCCAGGUGGAAAGCAUGUCCAGCCGUAGCAAAAUGCUUAUUGAAAUUAUUGUAUAUUUAUCGGUGUUGACAGUGUUUCCUAGCCUCAGUGCAGUGGGCAGCUGGGAGGAGGUGCUCUUAUUCACCAUGGACUUUAGUGUCCCAAAACUUUUUGGAGUUAGUGCUACAGGAUGCAAAUUUCUGUUUGAAAAAGCUAGCCUUUGCUUUCCUAACUGUUUGUGUAUAUUUGUUCCUGACUUCCCUGAAAAGUUGCAUAUCGUGGGGGCUGUUUGAUGCUAAUGCAGUACACCAUAGGAUGUUUUUGUGCUGGUCAAGGGCAGUCGAGUCUGGGGUGAACCAGGGGUUAUAUCUGUUCUUAGUUCGGAAUUUUUUGAAUGGGGCAUGCUUAUUUAAGAUGGAGAGGAAAGCACUUUUUGAAGAACAACCAGGCAUCCUCUACUGAUGGAAUGAGGUCAAUAUCCAUCCAGGAUACCCGGGCCAGGUCAAUUAGAAAGGCCUGCUCGCUGAAGUUUUUUAGGGAGCGUUUGACAGUGAUGAGGGGUGGUCGUUUGACCGCGGACCCAUUACGGACGGAGGCAAUGAGGCAGUGAUCGCUGAGAUCCUGGUUGAAGACAGCGGAGGUGUAUUUAGAGGCUAAAUUAGUCAGGAUGAUAUCUAUGAGGUUGCCCACGUUUACUGAUUUUGUGUUGUACCUGGUAGGUUCCUUGAUAAUUUGUGUGAGAUUGAGGGCAUCUAGUUUAAAUUGUAGGACGGCCGGGGUGUUAAGCAUAUCCCAGUUUAGGUCACCAAGCAGUACGAACUCUGCAUGCAAAGUGAGGCAAGGUUAGAAGGGCAGCAAAGAAGCCACUUCUCUCCAGGAAAAACAUCAGGGACAGACUGAUAUUCUGCAAAAUGUACAGGGAUUGGACCUUUGAGGACUGGGGUAAAGUCAUUUUCUCUGAUGAAUCCCCUUUCCGAUUGUUUGGGGCAUCCGGAAAACACCUUGUCCGGAGAAAACAAGGUGCGCGCUACCAUCAGUCCUGUGUCAUGCCAACAGUAAAGCAUCCUGAGACCAUUCAUGUGUGGGGUUGCUUCUCAGCCAAGGGAGUGGGCUCACUCACAAUUUUGCCUAAGAACACAGCCAUGAAUAAAGAAUGGUACCAACACAUCCUCCGAGAGCAACUUCUCCCAACCAUCCAAGAAAAGUUUGGUGACGACCAAUGCCUUUUCCAGCAUGAUGGAGCACCUUGCCAUGAGGUAAAAGUGAUAACUAAGUGACUCGGGGAACAAAACAUCGACAUUUUGGGUCCAUGGCCAGGAAACUCCCCAGACCUUAAUCCCAUUGAGAACUUGUGGUCGAUCCUCAAGAGGCGGGUGGACAAACAAAAACCCACAACUUCUGACAUACUCCAAGCAUUGAUUAUGCAAGAAUGGGCUGCCAUCAGUCAGGAUGUGGCUAAGAAGUUAAUUGACAGCAUGCCAGGGCGGAUUGCAGAGGUCUUGAAAAAGAAGGGUCAACACUGCAAAUAUUGACUCUUUGCAUAAACUUAAUGUAAUUGUCAAUAAAAGCCUUUGACACUUAUGGAAUGCUUGUAAUUGUACUUCAGUAUACCAUAGUAACAUCUGACAAAUAUCUCAUAACACUGAAGCAGCGAACUUUGUGAAGACCAAUACUUGUGUCAUUCUCAACUUUUGACCACAACUGUACUCUGCGUCUCACAAAGACACGGCAGUUGGAACCAAAAAUCUCAAAUUUGGACUCAUCAGACCAAAGGACAGAUUUCCACCGGUCUAAUGUCCAUUGUUUCUUAGCCCAAGCAAGUCUCUUCUUCUUAUUGGUGUCCUUUACUAGUGGUUUCUUUGCAGCAAUUCGACCAUGAAGGCCUGAUUCACGCCGUCUCCUCUGAACAGUUGAUGUUGAGAUGUGUCUGUUACUUGAACUCUGUGAAGCAUGUUUUUGGGCUACAAUUUCUGAGGCUGGUAAACUCUAAUGAACUUAUCCUCUGCAGCAGAGGUAACUCUGGGUCUUCCUUUCCUGUGGCGGUCUUCAUAAGAGCCAGUUUUAUCAUAGCGCUUGAUGGUUUUUGCGACUGCACUUGUAGAAACAUAAAAAAGUUAUUGAAAUGUUCCGUAUUGACUGACCUUCAUGUCUUAAAGUAAUGAUGGACUGUCAUUUCUCUUUGCUUAUUUGAGCUGUUCUUGCCAUAAUAUGGACUUGGUCUUUUACCAAGUAGGGCUAUCUUCUGUAUACCACCCCUACCUUGUCACAACACAACUGAUAGGCUCAAACGCAUUGAGAAGGAAAUAAAUUCUUGAAAUGCAUUCCAGGUGACUACCUCAUGAAGCUGGUUGAGAGAACGCCAAGAGUGAGCAAAGCUGUCAUCAAGCAAAGGGUGGCUAUUUGAAGAAUCUCAAAUAUAAAAUAUAUUUUGAUUUGUUUAACACUUUUUUGGUUACUACAUGAUACGUGUUAUUUCAUAGUUUUGAUGUCUUCACUAUUGUUCUACAAUGUAGAAAAUAGUAAAAAUAAAGAAAAACCCUGGAAUGAGUAGGUGUGUCCAAACUUUUGACUGUGUGUGUGUGUGUGUGUGUGUGUGUGUGUAUACAGUACCAGUCAAAAGUUUGAACGUGGUCUGCGGUUGUGAGACCGGUUAAACGUACAGCCAAAUUGUCUAAAACGACGUUGGAGGCAGCUUAUGGUAGAAAUGAACAUUACAUUAUCUGGCAACAGCUCUGGUGGACAUGCCAAUUGCAUGCUUCCUCAAAACUUGAGUCAUCUGUGGCAUUGUGUUGUGUGACAAAACUGCACAUUUUAAAGUGGCCUUUUAUUGUCCCCAGCACAAGGUGCACCUGUGUAGUGAUCAUGCUGUUUAAUCAGCUUCUUGAUAUGCCACACCUGUCAGGUGGAUUGUUUAUCUUGGCUAAGGGAUGUAAACAAAUUUGUGCACAAAAUUUGAGAGAAAUAAGCUUUUUGUGCAUAUGAAAAAUAUCUGGGAUUUUUUUAUUUCAGCUCAUGAAACAUGGGAUCAACACUUUACAUGUUACGUUUUAUAUUUUUGUUCAGUGUAUAAAAUACAUUUUCUACUGUAUGUAGCCUCUGAGUCCUCCUGACCACAACUAGAAUGGAUCUAUUUCUAUGGUCCUGAUUAUCAAGUUCCCUAUCACGAUUGCGGCACAAGUUUGAUGCGUUUGAUCUAUACAAACAGUUAUAACACAGUAAUAGCUGUCACGAAAACUGUGAUAAAUCACAAGGAGAGAUUGUCAAGCGUGACUGGCUACGUUUUGUGUUCAGUUCCCUGCCUCUUCUACAGGGGAAAUGCAUCACAUACUGCCUGUCUGUCACACUAAAAUAAACUGUGUUCUACUGUGUCCAUUUCUUUCAGAUACAUGCAAUAUUGGAAGAACAGAAUCUCUGAGCAACCCAUCACAGAUUUCUGCAGUGUGAUCAAGACUAACUCGCAGGGCCCUGUUGGUAAGUGGGAUUUAAUUUACUAUAGAACAGAUAGCCUGUAGGUUCACAAUAUGGCUGCUUCUACUUUACCCUGUUCUUGCAUUAUAUUAUUUAAUAUACCCUCUUGUUGUGCUUUUCAGAAAAACAGGAGCACUACUUCCUUCUGUGUGAUGUCCUGCCAGAGGACAGGGUCCUCAGAGAACAUCUCCAACAGAAACGACUGGUGAGUUACAUUUUAGUCAUUUAGCAGACUCUCUUAUCUAGAGCGAGUUACAGGAGCAAUUAGGGUUAAAUGCCUUGCUCGACAGAUUUGUCACUUAGUCAGCGCGGGAUUCGAACCAGCGACCUUUCGGUUACUGGCCCAACGCUCUUAACCGCUAGGCUAACUGACACAUUCUCAGAACAAGCGCUGCUGCGCUGGUUACUGCUCUAUUUUAUGUCAACAAUAUACUGUAUGUCCCUGGGCUAAUAUUCACAAAGCAUCUCAGAGUAGGAGCGCAGAUCUAGGAUCAGGUCUUCCCUGUCCAUAGGAACAUAUUCUUCAUUAUCUGAAAGACAAAACUGAUCCUAGAUCAGCACUUCUACUCUGAAACACUUUGUGACCUCCCACUGGGACUGCAUAGUUUAAUUUAUGCUAUGUUAUGAUUUGUUUCUGGUAUCGAGAAGUUCAGGAUGCAAGAAAGUAUUCGACCAUUCAGAUGGAGAGUUGAUUCAGUCAUUAUUUAAUGGUUACAGUACUGGAUUCAAUAUGAUAGGCGGUACGGACGUAGCCUCCUGUCAUCUGAAUGACUUCCAUAGAAAAUCUCUGUUUUAUAUAAUGCUCUCCGAGCUACUUCUGUCCAUCAUCUGCCAACCAUCAUUGAGUGUCACUCAUCUACUACCGUAGUAUCACCCUACAUGGUAUCGUGUGGCACCCUAGCCAGGCCAUUCCAUCACAUACUCCUUCUAAGAUUAGCACCAUUGGCCCCCAAACUAUCUUGGCACACCGACCCUCUGUCACUCACCAGUGACCUCUAUAACACAUGGCGUGUCCUUGUCCUCUCUCCCACAUGCAGCUCAGAAGUUUACAAACAUUAAUAAUCUUGUAUCAAAAAGUAAUCAUGCUAGUAACUCCCACUGUGUUGGUCCACAGGAGGAGAUCCUGGAGCAGCAGCAGAGGGAGAGGGAUGACGACAGCUUCCAGCGCAUCUGCAUGUUCUGCAAUGACCAGUUCACUGGGAACAGGUCGUCACUGCUCAACCACAUGGCCAGGGAGCACUCGUUCAGCGUGGGGCUGCCUGACAACAUAGUGUACUGCGUAGAGUUCCUGGACCACCUACAGAGCAAACUGGAUAAGUAAGUUAGAGUUUUUGGAAUGGAUAUCCUUUUUACAUUGUUUGUUUAUGCUAUUUUAAAAAUGUGGAAAUACAAUUCUGGAUGUCAUCUGUAGUUUACUGAUAUUAGUAACGCUGUAGUAACGUUUUCCAGUACUUUUAGUUUUACUGUGAAGGAGAGCGCUGGUGGGUGUCACACUCAUACAGGAAUUAGCAUUACUCAACCAAACGACAUUUCACAGAGCUUUGAGUGUUUCAUUGUUUUUUGUUUUCAGUCUGCAGUGCCUGUAUUGUGAAAAAACAUUCAGAGACAAGACGACACUGAAGGAUCACAUGAGAAAAAAACUGCACCGCAGAAUCAAUGGCAACAACCGCGAGUACGACCGCUUCUACAUCAUCAACUACCUGGUACGCUCACUGCUGUGUGUGGGUGGGUGGGUGGGGGUGUGGGUGUGAGAGCAUAUCUAACAAAUAGAAAUUCAUAUUACAAAAUAUUUGAUCUGAAAAUAUACUAUUUUCACAAAUUGAAUUUUGUUUAAAGUCUCAUUAAAUGUAAAUAAAGUGAUGAAGACUACGGUCUGUUUUCCCUGCUACAGGAGCUGGGGAAGACAUGGGAAGAGGUCCAAUCUGAGGAUGAUCGGGAGAUGGUGGAGGAUGAAGAUGAGUAAGGAUUGUCCUCGUGACACGGUCAUAAUUGUUGUUUGGGAUGGUCAAAUGACUUGUAAUCUGUGUUCUCUAGGAUUAAAUGGUAUGCACUGUUGCAGUGUUGUAUUUACCAUUUAUUGAGGAAAGACUAAUGGUGAAUAGAUUUUCUAAUGGCUCUGUCUGUCCUCUCUUCAGUGAUUGGUCAGACUGGCAGGCUCACCCAGUGUGUGCUGUGUGCCUGUUCUGUGAGCAGCAGUCAGAGAGCAUGGACAAGAUCUACACACACAUGGAGGUAACACAAUCCCCUAAUGCAUUUGUUGACAAAUUAGGCCCAUGCAUUGCCUGUUUGGGACUAGCUACUUCAAUAUGGUUCAUGGAUCUGUUUUUCUUCACCAUGUAUUUUCAGGAAACCCACAGAUUUGAUCUGCACAAGUUGAAGACAGAACUCAGUGAGUAAUAUUGGACAACUGCUAUGCUUGGUAGUACAAACCCCACCAUAAAAGAAAAACACAUCCAUCCAUCCAAAUGAAUGGUCAUACCAGUCCUUCACAUACUGGGGCUGCAUUUACACAGGCAGCCAAAUUAUGAUAUUUUUCCACUAAUUGGUCUUUUGACCAUCCAGAUCAGCUCUUUUGCCAAUAAUUAGGCAAAGGGUCAGAAUUUGGUUGUCUGUGUAAACGCAGCCUAAGUGUCCUGAUAAGCAUGUCUUCUUCCAGAUCUGCGGUUCUACCAGCAGGUCAAACUGGUCAACUAUAUCAGACGAGAGAUCCACCAGUGCCGUUGCUAUGGUUGCCAGGAGAAGUUUGGCUCCAAAGCUGAGGUUAUACGUCAUGUAAUGGAUGCAGGUCACGUGAUGCAGCUACCAGAGACGUCAACCUGGGACCAGCCACAGUAAGUCUGGAGCUCUCAUAAUAACUGUCUGUGGAAAAUGUAUUGUUUACUUGUAAUAUUGUUAACUAAAACCAUAUUAAGAACAAUAACAAGACUAUUGUUUUACUACGGUUUAAACGUGAUGUGUUAUUGGAGUGCUGGAUAAAUGGUACUAUUAAAGUAUAAUUGCUCAACUCUCCAUCUGGUGGCUAUUGUAACUGUUUCUGACGUCUAAGUGCUAGCCAUUAUUGUCCAACAGUCUAAGUGCCAGUCAUUACAGCCCAUACUCCCUGUCUCCACUUCAGAUAUUAUUUCCCCACCUAUGAGAACGAUGCCCUCCUCUGUGCCUUGUCGGACAGUGAGAGUGAAUCAGAACACACAGGCCCUUGGGGAGACGUCCCUGUCAUAGCUGAGGACAUCUCUAACCUGAGAGCCCUGAAGCAGACCAGCGUCCUCAACCACCUUCUGAAGAACACGGACAGCUCUAGUUAAAAAGCUGAUGAUGUUAUAUCAUCUCAGUGGAGGCUGCUGAGGGGAGGACGGCUCAUAAUAAUACCAUAGAAACAUUCCACCUAUUCCGCUCCAGCCAUUACCAUGAGCCCGUCCUCCCCAAUUAAGGUGCCACCAACCUCCUGUGAAAUGUGUAUGUCUAUGGUCUGGACUCAGAGGGACACAGUACAACAACUUUUCUCACCUCUGAAUCUCAACAAGACACUGAUGCUCAUCAGACCAGCACACAUGUGCAGAAAUGAACAUGGCCUGUUUCAGAAGAUAAUUUCCUGA